CUAUUUUUGUAGGGAGUAUGGGAGGAGCAAAAACUCUUGGGUGUACCAAUUAGAUAGUCCUACGAUAUAGUAAUCUAUUAUAUUGUACUUGCACACAGAGAUUUAAAUCUUAAUUUUUUUUUUUGCUAUUUGCCAGACCAAAAUUUUGUACCAAAAAUAAAAUAAAAGAAUACAUAUACCAAUUCUAAACGUCAGGGUUGUGGUUUCCUCAAUCCGAUCUAGGUUUUCCUUUAAAUUGUUUUUCUAUUCACCAUCAUCAUCUAGGUAAAGGGAUUGGAAUCGUCAAAAUCUUGAAUUAAGAUGAGGAAAAGAGAGAGAGAAAAUCCAUGUGGGGUUUGCGGGCACUAUCACAAGUAUGAAGAAGGUGAAGUCUGUGGAAUUUGUGGUCAUCGGAUGCCAAUAUCUACUGAAAAAUCUGGUCUAUUAGGAAGUGCUUUUCCAUCUGAGAUCUUACCUGAGUUUCUUUACUUGGGUAGUUAUGAUAACGCUUCUAGAGCUGAGCUUCUUAAAACUCAAGGGAUUUCAAGAGUUCUCAAUACUGUACCUGCAUGCCAGAAUCUCUACAAGAAUUCCUUCACUUAUCACUGUCUUCAGGAGGAGAAAACUUUACCUUUUGACGAUGCAAUCCAAUUUUUAGAACAAUGUGAAAAAGACAAAGCUCGUGUUCUCGUGCACUGCAUGUCCGGCAAAAGCAGGUCACCAGCUAUUGUGAUAGCUUAUUUGAUGAAAUGCAAAGGAUGGAGACUCGCACAGAGUUACCAGUGGGUGAAAGAGCGAAGGCCAUCCGUUGAAGUAUCUUCAGGAGUGCACCAGGAGUUGGAGGCAUAUGAGCGAAGUAUAUUUGGAUCUUUCGAAAGCAAUCCAGUCCCUGCAUUUUUCCCCCAAACUCAAACUCAACCAUUUGGGUUUGGUUUUAAUCCAGCUCCCCUUACCCCCCCUGCAUUUAACAAUGCUGCCUCUAUUUUUGAACGUGCUCCUAUAAAUGUCUCACCCCAAGAUUUCACUUUUGGAGCUACCAACAACGAAAAAGCUAAUGGAAACGACACUCCAAUGGACGGCUCUUAAUUUUUUUAGAUGCUUCUGCGGGUUGUUGGUGUCAUGGGCAGAGGGUGACAUAAGUUAUACAUUUGAAUCUGUAUAUAUAGGACGCAGUCAGGCAGGCAAGGGAAAAUGCUCAUCAUCCUUCAUGUGUGUCAGCUUUGAAAGCAGAUAAACUGUUAUACAUUAUGUAUGGUGUUGGCCGUUGGGGGAGUUAACUUUGUGAAGGUUCAACUUUUUAAUUUGCUAAUAAUUUCUUUUUUAAUCUUCUGUUUAAAGAAUCUUACUACAUUGACGAGUUUUUGUUCACCUCUUAAUUAUGUCAGUUUAUUUCUUAUUAUGCUC